GGGGGCGGCGCCCCCCGACCCCCGGCCCGCCGGCGGCGGCGGCGACGACGGCGGAGGGUGUCCCCCUCCUUCUAGCCGGCCCGGCCGGGGGCCCGUGGCCCUGCCUCCAUCACUACGGACGCCUCCUUCUCCUCAGCCCUCCUCCUCCUCCUCCUCCUCCUCAGCGUCGUCGUCGCCUGAGGCAAACCCGGGCCCCCUCCUGCCGCAGCCGCCCCUCUCCCUCCUCCCCGACAUGACAGCCAUCAUCAAGGAGAUCGUCAGCAGAAACAAAAGGAGAUACCAAGAGGAUGGAUUCGACUUAGACUUGACCUAUAUUUAUCCAAACAUAAUUGCUAUGGGGUUUCCUGCAGAAAGACUUGAAGGUGUAUACAGAAACAACAUUGAUGAUGUAGUAAGGUUUUUGGAUUCGAAGCAUAAAAACCAUUAUAAGAUAUACAAUCUAUGUGCAGAAAGACAUUAUGACACCGCCAAAUUUAACUGCAGAGUUGCACAAUAUCCUUUUGAAGACCAUAACCCACCACAGCUAGAGCUUAUCAAGCCUUUUUGUGAAGAUCUUGACCAAUGGCUCAGUGAAGAUGACAAUCAUGUUGCAGCGAUCCAUUGUAAAGCUGGAAAGGGACGAACUGGUGUAAUGAUUUGUGCAUAUUUAUUACAUCGAGGCAAAUUUUUAAAGGCACAAGAGGCCCUAGAUUUCUAUGGUGAAGUAAGGACCAGAGACAAAAAGGGAGUAACUAUUCCCAGUCAGAGGCGCUAUGUGUACUAUUAUAGCUACCUGUUAAAGAAUCAUCUGGAUUAUCGACCAGUGGCAUUGCUUUUUCACAAGAUGAUGUUUGAAACUAUUCCAAUGUUCAGUAGUGGAACAUGCAAUCCUCAGUUUGUGGUCUACCAAUUAAAGGUGAAGAUACACACCUCCCCAUCAGGACCCACAAGACGCGAAGAUAAGUACAUGUUCUUUGAGUUUCCUCAGCCGUUGCCGGUGUGUGGUGACAUCAAAGUGGAGUUCUUCCACAAACAGAACAAGAUGCUUAAAAAGGAAAAAAUGUUUCACUUUUGGGUAAAUACAUUCUUCAUACCAGGACCGGAAGAAAAUUCAGACAAAGUAGAAAAUGGAAGUCUAUGUGGCGAUCAAGAAAUUGAUAGCAUUUCUAGUACAGAGCGCCCAGAUAAUGACAAGGAAUAUCUAAUCCUUACAUUAACAAAAAACGAUUUAGACAAGGCAAAUAAAGACAAGGCCAACAGAUACUUCUCACCAAACUUUAAGGUGAAGCUAUUCUUCACAAAAACAGUAGAAGAACCAUCAAAUCCAGAGGCUAGCAGUUCAACCUCAGUAACACCUGACGUUAGUGACAAUGAACCUGAUCAUUAUAGAUAUUCUGACACCACUGACUCUGAUCCAGAGAAUGAACCUUUUGAUGAAGAUCAGCAUACACAGAUCACGAAAGUCUGAAUAUUUUUUUUAUCGAGAGGAAAAAAAACCACAAAAAAGACAAACUUGAAUAAACUGAAAAAGGACCUUUUUUAAUGGCAAUAGGACAUUGUGUCAGAUUACCAGUUAUAGGAACAAUUUAUCUUUUCCUGACCAAUCUUGUUUUGCCCUAUCCAUCCACAGGGUUUUGACACUUGUUGUCCAGUUGAAAAAGGGUUAAGUAGCUGUUAUGUAUAUUCCUUUUUGUGUCAAAAGGACAUUUAAAAUUUCAAUUAGGAAAAUAAAGAUGGCACUUUCCAUUUUAUUCUGGUUUUAUAAAAGUGGAGACAGAUCUGAUGUGUAUACGUAGGAAUUUUUCCUUUUGUGUUCUGUCACCCACUGAAGUGGCAAAAAAAAAAAAAGCGCUUCACAAUGUACAGGUUCACAUCCUACCCCUUUGCACUUAUGUGGCAACAGAUGGAUCUGCAGUGGGCUCAGAGAAGCUUCAAGGGUUUUACUGCAUUCGAAUGCAUGUGUUUUGGCCAGGGAGAUGGAGAGGGAUGUUCAGAAAGGAACUUUAUUUUAUGCUGGACCAUCGCCAGCUACAUAUAUGCACCUUUCUUUCAGCACAUGCUACAGUAACUACUCCUGGACAUUUGAGGAAUCGGCCGCCGUCACUGCUUGUGGUUUGUGCGUUUUAUUUUUUUAAGCAAAAUGGUGCUAGAAAAGGCAGCUAGAGGGAGGGAUUCUGUAAGAGGGGUACCGGAGUGAACCUUCCACCACACCGCCACGACCCCCGAACGAAGGGAUAGAGAGAUCAUAGGGUCCUAGAGAAACACAGCAGCAAUGACUGAACCAUACAGAUGUGGAGGCUACCAAAAUAAAAUGAGCUUGAAACAACCGCUAUACAAGAUUGACAGUGAUUUUCUUAAAUUGGGUUUCUCGAUUGUGAUGGCUGCCCCAUCUCCUUGUAAUCAAGGCCAGUUCUCAAAGUCAGAUGCUAUUAGUCCAUUCAUCAGUCAACAAUUUUCACUUAUUUUAUUAGUUUUCAAUCAUAUACCUGCUGUGAAUGCUUCAUGUGCUGCCUGCAAGCUUCUUUUUCUCAUUAAAUAUAAAAUAUUUUGUAACGCUGCACGGGAAAUUUCAAUUUGAGAUUCUACAGUAAGUGUUUUUUUUUUUUAUUAAAAUUUAUGAUACAUUUAUUCAAUCAAAUAGCUGUCAGCAGUUCCACCCUUUUGACCUUACACAUUCUACUUUAGUGAGUUUUGCAGUUUUGCACACUUUUUUAAUGUCAUUAACUGUUAGGGAAUUUUACUUGAAGAAUACUUAGUACCUUCGAUGUUUAUAUAUUAAAAAAAAAAAGAACAUUAUACAUGAUCAAAAGGAAACCAGUGUUGUAAUAAAUUCACAACACUGCACAGCUAUCAAAUCGUUUACUUUUUAAAUAGAAAUUUUCCCAGGUAUUCUUUCUUAUGAUGUUUUUGCCAUUAAAAGAAUAGAUUUCUAAACUGGCAGUGUUGUAUCAUUUCUUCAUGGGGCUACAGACAGGAGCAGGGCUUGAGUUCCCCUCUGGACUAGGGUCGUACGUUGACAGUGCCUGGGCUGCCUGAAAUGGUCAAGCUGAGUACGAUAAUGCACAUCAUUAACAAAAUAAAUAGAAUUGUAGAGCAGCGGUGAGGUUGCCGUUGACUGUGGUCUCUGAAAGAUGCCCAGGCCACCCGAGCGCUUGACUGACUAGCCUCCCGACAUUUCUUUUGGCUCGUGGCGAGAAGUCCCGUUUCGAAUUCCCGGUGCUGCCACUGCUCGGAAGCCGGGAGCCGGACCUAGCGAGUGACUGAAUCCAGAAGCCGUAGGGCCCGCUCGAAGACCGCAUUAAUUCAUUGCGUUUGAAUGGCGAUUAGAAGGCGGCGAGACGUUAUCCGAUUAGCUGGAUAGACGAUGUAGCGAUCGUGCUUCGGAUAUCCGUGGGUCAGUUCCGUCCGGUCAGCCGACGAUUUCCAUUGUUUCCAUUAACGCUUCCAUAGUAGGACUUCUGCAUCCAGAUGUAGGAAUGGGUUCACGUGCUGAGCGUCCCGAUUCCACUUUCGGGGGAAAAACGAGCCUCAGGAAGCAGCUACCUGAAGCUCGUUGCGGGCGGGGAGCGUGUCUGCCGACCCUGCGGCGGUAUGCCUUCCCGGGCGCCCAGUUAGAGCGCUCUGCGCGUAGUAAGCGCCUAGUAGAUACCAUUGAUGGCUUAAGAUUUGACCCUGAGGUUCACGUUCCAUCUAGUCUUUCGUGACAGCUGAAAGUCACGCUGACGAAUACAGGGAGGAAACACUGAUGUCGAUACGGUCUUGGCCCCAAUUUGGGGCUCAAGAUAUCACCGAACCUUAGUUCGUGUGGCAUUCCAGUACGGCACGCUGAGGGCCAGGUUGCAAAUAAUGACGUUAUAAUGGGCUUUUGCACUGUUCUUAUUUUUCCUUUGGAAUGUGAAGGUCUGAAUGAGGGUUUUGAUUUUGAAUGUUUCAGCGUUUUUGAGAAGCCUUGCUUACAUUUUUAUGGUGUAGUCAUUGGAAAUGGAAAAAUGGCAUUAUAUAUAUUAUAUAUAUAUAUAUAUAUAUAAAUAUAUAUAUUAUACAUACUCUCCUAUACUUUAUUUCAGUUACCAUCCCCAUAGAACUUGACAAGAAUUGUUAUGACUGAAAGGUUUUUGAGUCCUUAUUGAACUUUAUUUAUGACAGUAUUCAUCAUUAGCCCGAAACGCAUUCGGUAGGUAAUCUCUCAGUUUCUGGACUGUUCGCUUAUAACUUCUGGAGGGGCAACAACUUACGUGUCUGAAACUACUUGAAGGCAUCACUUUUUAAAAACGCGCUUGCCGUUGGCCCUGUACCAUCCCUAGUCAUCUGUAGCCCACUGGACUUCCCCCCCCCCAAACCCCCCAGUUAUUAAAGGGCAGUUGUAGAAAUAGCAUCAAGAUUCUUUUCUGUGGCCCAGGUGGAAAACUGAAAUGGAGUUUACAAGCAGCAUCAGAUGUUUCAGCUUUAAAAAAAAAUAAAAUAAAAUGAGGGUGCGAGUUCCGUGUUUAGUUCUAGAAAAUUUGUGCAAUAUGUCAACGAAGGCUGUGGUUGCCACAAAGUGCCUCGUUUACCUUUAAAUACUGUUAAAAUGUGUCAUGCAUGCAGAUGGAAGGGGUGGAACGGUGCACUAAAAUGGGGGCUUUAACUGCAGUGUUUGGCAGAGAUGCCUUUUACUCUGCCAGUUCAAAUUUUCAAUCUGUUUUCAUAUAGAAUAUAUAUACUAAAAAAAAAAAAACAAAAAACUUCAGUCUGUUAAACAGCCUUACUCUGAUGCAGCCUCUUCAGAUACUAUUGUGCUGUGCAGCAGUGGCUCUGUGUGUAAUGCUAGGCACUGAGGAUACACAAAAACAACAAUGACGUGUACAGGAUAAUGCCUCAUACAAAUCAGAUGUCCAUUUGUUAUUGUGUUUGUUAACAACCCUUUAUCUAUCUCUUAGUGUUAUAAACUCCACUUAAAACUGAUUAAAGUCUCAUUCUUGUCA